AUGGAGGAUCACCUAUACGCUAGACUGGACCUAGCAUCAGGUUUGCGCAUCCUCGACGCCGGGGCAGGAUCGGGCUAUGUGGCGAUUCAUAUGGCGGGGAAAGGGCUGAAUGUGCAAGCCGUCGAUAUCACUCCCCUGCAUCUCGAGGAUGCCCAGCGCAAUAUCGAGAAACGCAGUUUACAAGACAAAGUUUCUGUUCGACUUGGAGACUAUCAUGAUCUGUCAGACUUUCCCGAUGGCUCCUUCGAUGGUGUCUACACUAUGGAGACGUUCGUGCAUGCCGAUGACCCAGCCAAAGUGUUGCGUAACUUCCACCGCCUGCUCCGGCCUGGCGGUGUACUAGUCCUUAACGAGGCCGACUUAACCGCAACUCCGACAUAUUGCAGGAUGUACUCCGCCUGUCACACUGUCAGAACACUCUCGAGGAAGGUACUUUGGGCUGAGAUGCUCGCAGAAGUCGGCUUUAUUGACAUCGACGUUGAAGACCUAACUGAUGAGGUCCUUCCUCUGUGGCGUCUCUUCGGUGUCAUCGGAUACAUUCCAUAUCGGACUCUGCAGGCUGUCGGACUUCAUGGCCGUUUCACGAAUCUUAUGGCCGGUGUUGAGACGUAUCUACACUGGGGAGAGGGAAGGUAUAUCUCCGUCAAGGCUGUAAGGGCUUAG